AUGGACAAGAAAACAAACGAGGUGCUCAAAUUUCUUAUCGACUGGAAUUAUCUGCUCAUCGAGCCUCCAGUUGAAGGAUCCAUUGCCGAGAUAUACUUCUGCUUCAUUGCGUCUUGUCAGGUGAAAGGCAAGGAUAAAGUGUCUUGGUUGCAAUUCGUCAAAUGUCUGCAAAAAUUGAACGAGAUAUGUAUCCACAACGCCUUCACCUGUUUGCCUGCAAACGCAUUGUCAUUGACAUAUGAGGACCCCUUCAAAUGCUUCAGUAAGAUCACCCACAUCGAUCGACUGGCCUUAAAUCUGAUAUAUAAACAAGUGAAGUUGUCGUCAAAUCCGCCUGUUGAGCCACCAAAGACACCUCCCCUACCCUUGUCAAGGCUCAGAUUGGCGGCACAAAGAGAAGUUCCCAGGGAUAAAGAAGAGAGACUAGACUUGUUGAUGGAGCUCGUGGACCGUCCACCUGUCAAGUCAAAAAGAGCCGUGAGUGACCUGUACGCAGGACUGAGUCCUCUCGACAUCGAAGACAUUUAUACAACGACAUCGAGAUCCAAAAGACUGGAACAACUCAGUCUGCUGCUUUCUGUUCCAGCAGGGUCACAUAUAUUGGCAAAGGAGAGGGCAAAGCUGAGAACUCCCAUCAAGCCGUUUUUCGACUGCUGCGACGAUCCCAGACACGCACAGCUCUUGAUACCACUAACAUCCUUUGACAGAGCAACGAAUUAUUGCAAGCUAAAUUUAGCAAAGCUGAAUGAUCGAUUGAAGCUGGAAACUGGGUCCAGCGACACGUACACCGAACUAGCAAGAUGCGUGAACCAGAAAAUUCAUUUCAUCCCCAUCAUACAGUCGCAGACGGACACCAAAUUAGGGGACUGCUCGUACCUUGACACUUGUCACAAAAUGUCGUCGUGCAGGUACGUUCAUUAUGGGCAAUUAAUGCCUCAAGAUGACAGUGCCUCCAAAAAAAACUGCUCAGCACAAUAA